AUGACCAAUAAACCAAUCUUGAUCAUAGGUGGCGGAAUCGCCGGCCUGACCGUGGCCCGCAUCUUGAAACAGCGAGGGAUACCAUGCAUAGUCUUUGAGCGGUCUGCACUGCACGCUACUCAGGGCUACGCAAUUACCGUCCGCGACUGGGCUUUCAACACUCUCUUGGCAGCGCUAGACGGUGUGCCUGUCGAGGCUUUCCAGAAACAGGUGGCCGUGGACCGCCUACUUGGAGGUUCUGGAUGGGUUGACCUGACAUUCCGAGCUAACGAGACUGGGGAGUCUCUAUUCAACCCGGAACCUCCCAGGACUGGGGAUGAGGCCGCCCUGUUUAGGGCGAACAGGAGCAUGUUGCUGAAAUGGCUGGGUAUCGGUGUUGAGAUUCGUCAUGGCCUCAAGUUGACUGCAGUGAAAGGGCAGCCAGGUAAUGUCACGGCUAUUUUUGACAGUGGCGAGGAGGUGACUGGAUCCAUGAUCGUUGCCGCUGAUGGCGUGCACUCAAAUGUUCGGAACUGUCUUCUACCGGACCUGAAAGCACAGCUACUUCCUGUCGUCCUCUUCCACGGCAAGAGACGGAUGAACAUCACAUCAUGGCGCCAGAUAUGGGCCCCUCACGUCGGGGAGUCCACCAUAGCCGCGGGCGUGGGCGAUAACUUCAACACCUUCGUAACCGUCGCCAACAGCACGGGGCCCGAGGCGGUUGAUCUAGACUGGACGUACUCUCGCGCGCAACAGGGCGAAAAGGACCCCCUCUGGAUGCCCGAACAACCGGGCAUGAUCAAGGUGCCACAGCACCUCCUGAAGGAGAUCCGCGCCAAGGACCUGGCGCCGCCCUUCUCGACCUUCAUUGACGCGGACGCUAUCAAAAAGGACAAGGUGCACAACUGGCGCAUCUGGGUGGUGCAAGCAACGCGGGGGGACUUGGACAAGGCUGCCGAGACGGGCGUGGUGUUUGUAGGCGAUGCGAUACAUGCCAUGCCCAUCUUCGGGGGCGAGGGGGGUAAUCAUGCCAUCCUGGAUGGCGUGGAGCUGGCGAAAAUCGUGGCUGGGAGAGUCUGUGACGCACCCUUGGUUGCUGGCGAUGUUGAGGCUGUCAUACGGGAGUUCAAUGACGGCGCAUAUCAAAGAGGCCAGGCCGCCGUAAGGAGAUGCACGCAGCGUUUCUCUCAAUUUCACCAGUCAAUGGAAAAGUGGAAGAAGGUAGCGGACAUGGCCUCCACGGUGUAA